ACAACUUUGGACUGGUAACCUUUGGUGUACAUUUGAGCUUUUUUCAUUUAAUUUAAUUGUAAUAAUAAUGAUUCAAAGAUGUAACUGUGUGGGACUUGCAGCAAGUGAAAUGAAGUAAUAUUUUUAAAUUAUGUUCUAAAUCACUUGUUGGGGUUUACAUUGGGGAAACAUUUGAGGGGUAAAAACAGUGAUAAAUUAGUUAAAGUUAAUACUGAAUUGUUUUUGGGGAGACAUACUUUUUAUUACAGCCUGCCAUGAACAUAACUCUAAUGUCAGACAACUAUCAUCGUUGCAAGUGAAACAUGGAGAUUACCUUUAUUUUGCUCAACAUAAGGUGACAUCUAACAAACAUCAUCAUGCUUAGGUUUGGUAAUACCUUACUUACUUCAUAGCACACAAUCCAAAAAAGAAGCCCAUGUGAUCAAAAAAGACCAAAAACACAUCCUGGCCGCUUGUUAACUAUAGUUUCCCGCGGCACUUCACCCUCUUCCUAUAAAAAGACCAGUCUAGUCGCAUCAAGUCAUUAGCUCAAGUAAUCCACUUCUGACUCUGUGUCUUUCUCAUACGAUCACACACUGAAGCACUAAAGACUAAACCAGCUUCAGCACAGACUCACGGAGCUUGAUGAGGCCUCUGUGCUGAGUUACUGGGUUUUGCUGUCAUUCUCACAUUACAAUGAUGGUCUGAUAGACAUCCUGCAGUUCUUGACCUGUUGGACUGUUGGAGGAUGAAACAGAGCAAAUGGCUGUUUGAACAUUUAUUGAAACUGCAAGCCAAACAACUUGGGAGCUGUUGACUGGAUUGAAGAGGUGACCACGAACAGUCAUGGGAUGUGGCGUCUCAAAGUCCAACCAGUUCCACAAAAACUCUGGAAAAGGUAACCAUGAUCCUUCAAACAUUGACCGAUACACCUAUUUUUCUCUCUUAACCUUCUGAGAUGUAUAUAAAUCCUCACCACUAUGUCCCACUUGUUGUCUACCAUAGUUUACCCUUCAGAUGUAAUCUCCCUGUUGUAUUUGUUGUAAUAAUCUGUAUUUUUCUUUGACCUUUUUCCUCUGCUGCUGUCUGCAGCUGUUAUAAGUAAGCCACACCUUGCUGUGAUUGUUGUUGUUGUUUUCCAUAUGAGUAUGAGGGCAGGUGGAAGCAAGAUUGAAUACCCAGCUUAAGCAGAGAUGUUCAGAUAUUUCACACAAGCUAAACACAUUUUUGUUGUGGAGGGAAUUUCCAGUUGUUGUGCUAUAAAAUCUGCCGUUCUGAUUCAGCGAUGGUACCGUCAGUUUGUCGCCCGCAAAGAGAUGAGGCGGAGAUACACCUGGCACAUCUUCCAGUCCAUCGAAUACUCUGGAGAACAGGCUCAGAUAAAGCUUUAUAACUUCCUCGGCUACCUGAUGGACAAUUUCACACCUGCAAGCAAUGAGCGGAAUUUGAUCUCGCACAUCUUCAGAGAGAAUGAGGUCUGUCGGGAUGCAGAGUGGGAGAGGUACUUCUGCUACAAGAACAUCGAGGUGCCAGAUCUUUACUCAGGACCCCACCUCACCUUCCCUCUGACGGUGGAGCAGGCGGUGGGGCUGGUGGAGGCCUUCAGGAACAAGAAGCAGCUGCACUCGCGCUACGUCCUCCAGCUCCUGCUUGAAACGUGGAAACAGCUUCGGCUAUUGCCAAAUAUCAACCGUAUCUCCACCUGCCACAGCAAAGAAAUCACUAUUUGUGGAGAUUUGCAUGGACAACUGGAAGACCUGCUGCUGAUUUUCUACAAGAAUGACAUGCCGUCCUUGGAGAAGCCGUAUCUGUUUAACGGAGACUUUGUAGACCGCGGCAAAGACUCCAUAGAGAUCCUCAUCAUCCUGUUUUCAUUCCUGCUCGUCUAUCCAAGUGAAGUGUACCUCAACAGAGGAAACCACGAGGACCACAUAGUCAACCUGAGGUACGGCUUCACAAAGGAGGUGUUGUCUAAAUACAGGAUGCACGGCAAACGGAUCCUGAAGCUGCUGCAGAAGAUUUUCAGCUGGUUGCCGUUAGCGACUGUAAUAGACCAGAAGGUGCUGGUUAUCCACGGAGGGAUCUCCAACACCACCGACCUCAGCGUCCUCGCCAGAGUGGACAGACACAAUUACAACUCGGCGCUGAGGCCUCCGAAGAAGAGACACCAGAACGUAGCGGGGAAGUCCAUCGACUCGGACGAGGAGGCGGGGUCCACCAACAAGGUGUUCCAGCGCAGACCCUCCCUCACGUUUCCCAGAACUCUGACCAAAGACUGCUUCCAGAACCGCUCGCUGCAGGACUUCUCCGACCGGCUCAGAGCGAACACGGUGGAGGAAGUGGAGAUCCACAAGAGGCUCCCGGGCCCCUUAGGACCAGAAAAUGACACGUCUCAGUCCUGCGAGUCUAUCAGCAGCGAAGACGAGUGGAGACAGAUCCUGGACUUGCUGUGGAGCGACCCCAUGGCUCAGGACGGCUGCGUGCCCAACGAGGUGCGGGGCGGGGGCUGCUACUGGGGCCCCGAUGUCACUGAAGACUUCCUGAACAGACACAACCUGCAGCUCAUCAUCCGCUCGCACGAGUGCAAACAGGAAGGUUACGAGUUCUGCCACAACCGUAAGGUCCUCACACUGUUCUCCGCUUCAAACUACUAUGAUGUGGGAAGCAACAGAGGGGCCUACGUGAAGUUGGGUCCAGACCUUGUGCCUUAUUUAGUUCAGUACCAGGCCAGCAGCAUGAUCAGAGAGCUCAGCGUGAGACAAAGUGCGGGGCGGAGCGAACGCUCAGCCAACAAAGUCCUGCGGGAGCAGCUGUUUGCACAUAAAUCCGACCUGAUCUGUGCCUUCAAAAAGUUGGACAGUGGAAACAAAGGUCGUGUCAGUCUGGCCAACUGGGCGUCUGCGGUGGAGAGUGUGAUGCGCCUCGGCCUGCCCUGGAGGAUAAUGCGCUCUCAACUGGUCACCGGUCGCUCUGCCGACAGCUCCAUCGACAGCUCCAUCGACUACUACGAGUGGUUCAACGAGCUCGCCAUCAAGGGAGCCAACGCGGACCAUAUUGACCAGAGUCUGCUUGAGACUUUGUAUCGCCACCGCUCCACCUUGGAGACCAUCUUCAGAAUCGUAGACACGGACAACUCAGGCUUCAUCACCAUGGAGGACUUCCGGCAGACCUGGAAGCUGCUGAGCGUCUACCUGAAGAUGGAGAUCACGGAGGAAGCCAUCUCGGACCUGGCCGUCACCAUCGACAGCAACCAGGACGGCAGCAUCGACAUCGAGGAGUUCAUGGAGGCCUUCCGCCUCACGGACAAGAAGAGCCGACUGGAGCGAGGACGCAGCAUGUUCAUGGGGACGGCCUCCGACCUCACCAAGCUGGAGGGAGACCCCAACAUCUGAGCAGAGGGAAACACUGAAAACUGACCUCAGCUCAGAUUCCUCACCGGGUAGCAGGGGGAGGGGAGACGGGGCAGAUAAAGCCAAGCUGCUUCUAUGACGCACAUUGAGAUGUAGGAUGCUGCAGAGCAACAGCCGUGUUGAUCACAUGGGAUUAAGGCGAGGCUAGAGUUCAGGGUAUUUGACAGCAAAUGUCCACUUGACAUUUCAGUGUAGUUUUAAGGUGAAACCAACUGUUUAUUUUAUUAAGAUAUAAUCACACAAAAAGUGUUGCAUAAACCACAAACACAGAAACAAAAGAACAUCACAUUUAGGCUGAAUUGUUCAAAUAAUAAUAAUAUUAGAUUCUGCAUUUAUUAGCCAUAUCUGUCAUUAUUUUUAUCAAAAGACUUUAAAAGUGAAAAGAAUACUGCAACUGACUCGCCAAUUUUUAUUUAAUUUUCUUAAAUCAAAUCCCAUAUAUAAUCAGUAGUGAAUGUUUUUCUAGAUUUUCUAGAUCUGAGUUGAUUUCAUGAUUUUUUUUUUGUCUGACCAGAAAACCUAAAACUCCUAAAAGUAUUACAUUUAAUACAUUGUUAGGCCGACUAAAAUAAAUCAAAUUUGACACCCCUAAACAACAGAAUGUUUGGAUAUAACCUAAAAAAAUACUCAAAUGAUUAAUCAAUUGUCAAAAUAGAUGUACAUUAUUUUAAAAAUCUUUUAAACUAAUUAUUGCAGCGCCUGUUCAUAAGAGGCCAAUAAAAUGCAUUUCUCUGAUGCCCCUUCAAGUGACUCAGUUUAAAAUGAUAUCAAACCAAAAAACAACAAAUCCACACAAUUAUCAUAACAUAAAACUGUGAAUGUACCCCUUUUCCUUGAAAUAAUUAUGAUUAUGUUUCUGUUGAAUCACUGAUUGAUGACUAAACUGUUUGUGUCAGUGUGCAGAUGUUGAUUUCAAAUGGCUUUGCAUCUCCAUAUAUGUGCAGAAACUACACUCCUCUUAAAGGCUUUAAGAAACAAAACAACAUUGUACGAUACAACAAUUGAUCAUUGUGCAGCUUUACAUCAGUUGCACUAAUUAAUUGCAGCUAAAGUGUUGCAGGUGCCUUAGCGAAGAAGUGUUUUAACUUCUAGAGGCGAAGUUAAGUGUACACUAAUGCUGUUUUGUAUCAGUGCCAACUGCCAACAAGUACCGGGGUCCCUCCUGGUCUCAGGCGGGAUUCAAACCCUCACCCUGUCCAGAACGGUGAACUCAUGCUUUUGUUAGGAUGUAUGUCUCAUACAGUUGCAGUGUUGUAAAUGAAGAUGUUCCUGUCUCUAUGCUAAGCUAUGCUAACCGGCAGCUGGCUGUGGCAGCAUAUUCAAUCUAGAAUCAGUCUUCUAUUGUCGAGAACGCAAAUAAUAAGCAAAACGUUGUACUAUUCCUGUAAGAUAUGUCUCUACUGUAGGCUAUUUUUAUUAUAUGUACAGCACUUUGGCUCGACCAAAAAUCGUUUAUAAAUGUGCUAUAUAAAUAAAACUUGAUUUGAUUUGAUAUGUAGACAAUAUGAUGUUUUAGGUUUGGUAUAUCUUCUCUGUCCAUUAUUAGAUCAAGUUCCAACAUUGUUUCAAAUAUUAUUAUAACUAAACGAAAUCAGGAAAUCGCUCAGUGUGCAUGUACAACAUUUUGAUGUAUGGAGAAUGUAAACGUUAUUAUAUGCGGGUUUGUUUUUGCAUGCUGACCCCUGUAAACGUUUCAGCAUUCAUUUAUGAGUCUGUUAUUUAAUUAAAUGGUGUUUGUUAA